UCUGUCAGAACCCGUUUUUCCAUUUCCACGAAGUUCUCUCUCAUCUCUCUCUUUCUCUCUCCUUUGAAAGAGAGGGUCCAAGUCUUCUCUUUUCUCUAACUCUUCCCAAGAUCUCUCACCGAUUUGGAUCCUUAACUAUUCUCUAUCUCUACUAUUCGCUCUUCCACACUCCGUCGCCGGAACUCAAUCGCCGAUCGCAGAUCCGUGUCUUCUACUUCUCGAUCUGAGGCACCAUGGCGGCUGCAAACGCUCCGAUCACCAUGAAAGAAGCCCUAACCUUGCCUAGCAUCGGCAUCAAUCCGCAGUUCAUCAAUUUCACGCACGUGACGAUGGAGUCAGAUAAGUAUAUAUGCGUUCGAGAGACGGCACCGCAGAACAGCGUGGUUAUCGUUGAUAUGAACAUGCCAAAUCAACCUUUGAGGAGGCCUAUCACUGCUGAUUCUGCUCUUAUGAAUCCAAAUUCUAGAAUCCUUGCGUUGAAAGCCCAACUGCAAGGGACUACCCAGGAUCACCUACAGAUAUUUAAUAUUGAAAUGAAAGCAAAGGUGAAAUCAUAUCAGAUGCCAGAGCAGGUUGUCUUUUGGAAAUGGAUUACACCCAAGUUGUUGGGUCUUGUGACACAGACCUCUGUAUACCACUGGUCAAUUGAAGGUGAAUCUGAGCCUGUAAAGAUGUUUGAGAGAACUGCCAAUUUGGCCAACAACCAGAUAAUUAAUUACCGAUGCGAUCCUACAGAAAAAUGGUUGGUCUUGAUUGGCAUUGCUCCUGGUUCACCGGAGAGGCCACAAUUGGUGAAGGGAAACAUGCAACUUUACUCCGUGGAUCAGCAGCGUAGUCAGGCUCUUGAAGCUCAUGCUGCAUCCUUUGCUCAAUUUAAGGUUCCUGGAAAUGAUAAUCCUUCAGUUUUGAUAUCUUUUGCCUCAAAGACACUCAAUGCUGGUCAAAUUAUAUCGAAGUUGCAUGUUAUUGAGCUGGGUGCACAGCCAGGGAAGCCAUCAUUUACCAAGAAACAGGCAGAUCUUUUCUUCCCACCGGAUUUUGCUGAUGACUUUCCAGUUGCAAUGCAGAUAUCCCACAAAUACAAUUUGAUUUAUGUGAUUACCAAACUUGGGCUACUAUUUGUGUAUGAUUUGGAGACAGCAACUGCUGUGUAUAGAAACAGAAUUAGUCCAGAUCCAAUAUUUUUGACAGCAGAAGCUACGUCACUGGGAGGCUUUUAUGCCAUCAACAGGAGAGGCCAGGUGUUAUUGGCUACUGUCAAUGAACAAACCAUUGUGAAUUUUGUCAGCGGCCAGUUAAACAAUUUGGAGCUUGCGGUUAAUCUUGCCAAAAGAGGAAAUCUUCCUGGGGCUGAGAAGCUGGUAGUGGAACGAUUUCAUGAACUCUUUGCCCAAACAAAGUAUAAAGAAGCAGCUGAGCUUGCUGCUGAAUCUCCGCAAGGAAUCCUUCGUACGCCAGAUACAGUUGCCAAAUUUCAGAGUGUUCCUGUGCAAGCUGGGCAAACUCCUCCACUGUUGCAGUAUUUUGGAACACUUCUAACGAGGGGGAAGUUGAAUGCCUUUGAGUCGUUAGAAUUGUCUCGGCUGGUUGUGAACCAGAACAAGAAAAAUCUUUUGGAGAAUUGGUUGGCAGAGGACAAGCUUGAGUGCAGUGAGGAGCUAGGAGAUCUUGUUAAGACUGUGGACAACGAUCUUGCUUUAAAAAUAUAUAUCAAAGCCAGAGCAACUCCAAAAGUUGUUGCCGCAUUUGCUGAGAGGAGGGAGUUCGAUAAAAUUCUGAUUUACUCCAAGCAGGUUGGGUACACUCCUGACUACCUCUUCCUUCUUCAAACAAUCCUCCGGACAGAUCCUCAGGGUGCUGUUAAUUUUGCAUUAAUGAUGUCUCAAAUGGAAGGGGGUUCCCCAGUUGAUUACAACACUAUAACUGAUCUGUUUCUUCAGAGAAACCUGAUCCGUGAGGCAACAGCUUUUCUCCUAGAUGUUUUAAAGCCCAAUCUACCGGAGCAUGCAUUCCUUCAGACAAAGGUGUUAGAGAUAAAUCUGGUGACUUUCCCCAAUGUUGCUGAUGCAAUUUUGGCUAAUGGCAUGUUCAGCCAUUAUGACCGUCCUCGUAUUGCCCAACUAUGUGAAAAGGCUGGUCUUUACGUGCGAGCUUUGCAACAUUACACAGAGUUGCCUGAUAUAAAGCGUGUGAUUGUGAAUACACAUGCAAUUGAACCUCAGGUUUGUAGUCAUUUUGCAUGGGUUCUCUCAUCUCUGUGUGUGUGUUAUUUUCAGCACCAUAAGCUUUUUGCCUCCUACUUAUUCACUAUGUGGUUAUUACAGUCACUUGUCGAGUUUUUUGGUACUCUGUCACGAGAAUGGGCACUGGAGUGCAUGAAAGACCUAUUGCUGGCCAAUCUUAGAGGCAACUUGCAGAUAAUUGUGCAGGUUGCUAAAGAAUAUUGUGAGCAAUUGGGUGUUGACAGCUGCAUAAAACUUUUUGAGCAGUUUAAGUCUUAUGAAGGACUGUACUUCUUCCUUGGAUCAUAUUUGAGCUCCAGUGAGGAUCCUGAGAUUCACUUCAAGUACAUUGAGGCCGCAGCAAAAACUGGUCAAAUCAAAGAAGUUGAGCGCGUGACAAGAGAAUCAAAUUUCUAUGAUGCUGAGAAAACAAAGAACUUUCUGAUGGAGGCUAAACUUCCAGAUGCACGGCCUUUAAUCAAUGUCUGUGAUCGUUUUGGAUUCGUUCCAGAUCUUACACACUAUCUAUACACAAACAACAUGCUUCGCUACAUUGAAGGUUAUGUUCAGAAGGUGAACCCAGGGAACGCUCCUUUAGUGGUUGGGCAGCUUCUUGAUGAUGAGUGUCCAGAAGAUUUUAUAAAAGGCUUGAUUCUUUCUGUUCGCUCACUACUGCCAGUGGAGCCCCUUGUGGAUGAAUGUGAGAAGAGGAAUCGUCUUCGCUUGCUCACACAGUUCCUAGAGCAUCUUGUAAGUGAGGGAAGCCAGGAUGUUCAUGUCCACAAUGCUUUGGGUAAAAUUAUCAUCGAUAGCAACAACAACCCAGAACAUUUUCUCACGACCAACCCAUACUAUGAUUCACGAGUAGUGGGCAAGUAUUGUGAGAAGCGUGACCCCACCUUGGCUGUUGUAGCCUAUCGACGGGGACAAUGUGAUGAUGAACUUAUUAAUGUUACAAACAAAAAUUCUUUGUUCAAACUCCAAGCGAGAUAUGUUGUUGAGAGAAUGGAUGGUGAUCUGUGGGCUAAAGUUCUUAGCCCUGAUAAUGAGUACAGAAGGCAACUUAUUGAUCAGGUUGUAUCUACUGCUUUACCCGAAAGCAAGAGCCCUGAACAAGUUUCUGCUGCUGUUAAGGCCUUCAUGACAGCUGAUCUUCCGCAUGAAUUGAUUGAACUUCUUGAAAAGAUUGUGCUUCAGAAUUCUGCAUUCAGUGGGAAUUUUAAUUUGCAGAAUCUUCUUAUAUUGACAGCAAUUAAGGCUGAUCCAUCCAGAGUAAUGGAUUAUGUCAAUAGACUGGAUAAUUUUGACGGGCCUGCAGUUGGAGAAAUGGCUGUUGAAGCUCAGUUAUAUGAGGAAGCAUUUGCUAUUUUCAAGAAGUUCAACCUGAAUGUUCAAGCAGUUGAUGUCUUGCUAGAUAAUAUUCACAGCAUUGAUAGAGCUGUGGAGUUUGCGUUCAGAGUUGAAGAAGAUGCUGUUUGGAGUCAGGUAGCCAAGGCUCAACUCCGGGAAGGGCUAGUAAGUGAUGCAAUUGAGUCAUUUAUACGCGCAGAUGAUGCUACACAAUUUUUGGAUGUUAUCCGUGCUGCUGAAGAUGCCAAUGUGUACCAUGACUUGGUUAAAUACUUGCUGAUGGUAAGGCAGAAAGCAAAAGAACCCAAGGUGGACAGUGAGCUCAUUUAUGCAUAUGCAAAGAUUGAUAGGCUUAGUGACAUUGAGGAGUUCAUUCUCAUGCCAAAUGUUGCUAAUCUUCAAAAUGUUGGUGAUCGACUGUUUGAUGAAGCAUUGUAUGAGGCUGCAAAAAUCAUAUUUGCCUUUAUAUCUAACUGGGCCAAGUUGGCUGUUACACUAGUAAAACUGCAACAGUUCCAAGGUGCUGUUGAUGCAGCAAGGAAAGCAAACAGCGCAAAAACAUGGAAGGAAGUUUGCUUUGCUUGUGUUGAUGCGGAGGAAUUUCGCCUGGCCCAGAUAUGUGGUCUCAACAUUAUUGUUCAGGUGGAUGACUUGGAGGAGGUCAGUGAAUAUUACCAAAAUAGAGGUUGCUUCAAUGAGCUCAUAUCUCUCAUGGAGAGUGGUUUAGGGUUAGAACGGGCACAUAUGGGUAUCUUCACUGAGUUGGGAGUUCUGUAUGCUAGAUACCGCCCUGAGAAACUUAUGGAGCAUAUCAAACUAUUCUCAACUCGUCUCAAUAUUCCAAAACUCAUUAGAGCAUGUGACGAACAACAGCACUGGAAAGAAUUAACCUAUUUGUACAUCCAAUAUGAUGAGUUUGAUAAUGCUGCAACUACCAUCAUGAACCAUUCACCUGAAGCGUGGGACCACAUGCAAUUCAAAGAUGUUAUUGUGAAAGUUGCUAAUGUGGAGUUAUAUUACAAGGCUGUCCAUUUCUAUCUGCAAGAACAUCCAGAUCUUAUUAAUGAUGUUCUGAAUGUCCUAGCACUUCGUGUGGACCAUGCACGUGUUGUUGACAUCAUGCGAAAGGCCGGUCAUUUGCGUCUUGUGAAGCCAUACAUGGUUGCUGUUCAAAGCAAUAAUGUAUCAGCUGUUAACGAAGCCUUGAAUGAAAUAUAUGUUGAGGAGGAAGACUAUGAUAGAUUGCGCGAGUCCAUUGAUUUGCAUGAUAACUUCGACCAAAUAGGCCUUGCGCAAAAGAUUGAAAAGCAUGAGCUUCUUGAGAUGCGGCGUGUUGCUGCAUAUAUCUACAAGAAGGCAGGUAGGUGGAAACAGUCUAUUGCCUUGUCAAAGAAGGAUAACCUCUAUAAGGAUGCCAUGGAGACAGCCUCACAAUCUGGUGAUCGUGAACUUGCGGAGGAGUUGCUUGUUUAUUUCAUUGAUCAGGGAAAGAAGGAAUGCUUUGCCUCGUGUCUCUUCGUUUGCUAUGAUUUAAUACGGGCUGACAUUGUUCUUGAACUGGCUUGGAUGCACAAUAUGAUUGAUUUUGCCUUCCCAUAUCUCUUGCAGUUUAUCCGUGAAUAUACUGGCAAGGUUGAUGAGCUGGUGAAGGACAAAAUUGAAGCGCAGAAUGAAGUGAAGGUUAAAGAGCAAGAGGAAAAGGAUGUUGUUGCACAACAGAACAUGUAUGCUCAAUUGUUGCCACUUGCUUUGCCCGCACCACCAAUGCCUGGAAUGGGAGGAGGUAUGGGAGGAGGCUAUGGUCCUCCUCCUCCCCCUCCUCAAAUGGGUGGACUAGGGAUGCCACCAAUGCCUCCUUUUGGCAUGCCACCCAUGGGUAGCAGUUAUUGACAGGUAUCAAACCAUGUCGUGUUUAGUGUGAACUAGGUCCUCAUGGAGAGUAAUUUAGCAGCUUCGGCGGUCGCAUAGAAUUUCUUCUGGGAUUUUGGUGCAGUAUUCUUUCCUUGCUUAGCGUGGUGGUUUAGGUUCAAUUUAUAAAAUAAUUUCAGGUUUCUGGUGGUGGUUCGUGUCAUAAUAGUCUUUCUAGUUUCUUUUUGUUUGUAGAUGCGGCAUUUUUUGGGCUUCUGGCCCUAGCUAGCUGAUGAAAUUCUGUAUAAUACCAUUUUAUUGUAUUAAAUGAACUCGUCCAAUGUUUAAUACCAAAAUUUACCGACUCUGAAUCCCA